UGACGUCGCUUAUACGCUGCUUUCACUGUAUCGCCUUGGUGGACAGUAUAGUGACUUAAAAAAAUGAAAUGGAAUAAAAUGUUGCAGAUUCUUUCAGACUGAGACGCCAUUUUAGCGUAAAAUACUCAAUGGUUCUUCACUGAGAAGUAACCUAUACGGAACUGGCGUCGGCAGACGUGUCUUUUGGGUUUUUAUCGGUUAUAUUUCAGGUAUGUCUCUCCAGCAUUGUCUCACCCACGGAACCAUCAGAUUGGUUACACUCAGAGCGGUAACAGCCAAUCAAUCAGCAGUGCGUAUUCAGAGCGCUUGUAACAGCCAAUCGGCAGUGCGUAUUCAGAGCGCAUGUAACGUGGAGCAAGCAGAAAGGUGUUUUUAGCAGCUCUUCUCUUCAGCUCCAUCCACGAACAACCUGCCAGAGAAAUGAGUGUGCGCCAUUGUCCUCCACUGCCUUCUUCUUUCUGAGUGUUUACCCAGGCUGACGAGGAAAAGAAAGCUUUUUGGCCUCACUUAAUUUUUUUUUACUAGACAACUUGACUGCCGCAAAGCAUCAUGGGUAGGAAAAAGAUACAGAUCCAACGGAUCACAGAUGAAAGAAACAAACAGGUGACAUUCACAAAGCGAAAGUUUGGCUUGAUGAAGAAAGCUUACGAGCUGAGCGUGCUGUGCGAUUGCGAGAUCGCCCUGAUCAUCUUCAACCACGCCAACAAGCUGUUCCAGUACGCCAGCACCGACAUGGACAAGGUGCUGCUCAAGUACACCGAGUACAAUGAGCCCCACGAGAGUCGCACUAAUGCAGAUAUCAUUGAGACUUUGAGAAAGAAAGGCUUCAAUGGAUGUGACAGUCCUGAGCCUGAUGGCGAAGACUCCAUUGAUCAGAGUACCCUCAAUGAUGACAAGUUCCGUAAGACCACAGAAGACCUGGAUGUUCUCUUCAAACGCUACGGACAGUCUACAGCUCCGCAGCAGACCUUCUCCAUGCCUGUCACCGUGCAGGCGUCCAAUCCCAAUACGCUGCAAUUCAGUAACCCCGGCAACGCGCUGGUAACUACCUCCUACGUAACGUCGCCGUCGCUCACAGACGCCCACCUCCUGUCGCCGCAGCAACCGGCUUCUCAGAGGAACACCGUGUCUCCUGGGUUGCCGCAGCGACCGGCCAGUGCAGGAGCGCUUCUUGCAGGUGACCUGAAUAAUUCAAAUGGCGGCUGUCCAAGUCCAGUCCCUAACGGCUACACCAGUGCCAGGGCCUCCCCGGGCCUCCUGGGCGUAUCCAACGGCAACAGCCUGGGCAAGGUGGCUCCAGCCAAAUCUCCGCCCCCGCCUCAGAGUCCUCAGAUGGUUAACAACCGCAAGCCGGACCUCCGAGUCAUCACUUCUCAGGGCGGGAAGAGCCUGAUGCAGAUGACAGAGGAUGAGCUGGAAUUGGUAAACGAGAAUGCCCAGCGUCUGGCAGCCGGAGCCCAGGUGGCACAAACCCUCAGUACACCUGUGGUGUCGGUGGCCACGCCAAGCCUCCUGGCGCAGGGGCUACCCUUUUCCGCCAUGCCCACAGCGUACAACACGGAGUACCAGCUGACGAGUGCAGACCUUACUGCGCUACACGCCCUGGCGUCUCCUAGCGGCUUGUUGCCCAGCAGCGUGGCGUCUUGGCAGCCGCAGCAGACCAUCUCCCAGCAACAACAGCAAACACAACAGCAGCAACAACUUAGUCUUGCAUCGCUCAGCAACUUGGUCAUGUGGGGUGUGGACAAACAGAGCAGCGAGCUGUCUAGCCAGGUGUCCAGCCUGGCUGCCAAUCUGAGUCUCAGCUCGCCGUCCAACCUGCUCUUGGGUAGAGAUGAGUGGUUGGGCCGGCCUGUGACACACAUACCUCAGGGCGCCAUGUUGACGGUCAACACCAGCUCCGGCGUGUGCAUUAAGUCUGAGCCAGUAUCGCCUGGUCGUGACCGCAGCACUCCUUGCCCUCCUCCGGCGCCGCCACCUUCCACCAUUGUCACCCUGACCGCACCGCCGCAGUACCCAGGUUCCCUGCUGUGCCUGGAGCCCCCGACCGGGCGCUCACCAGCAGAUAGCGUGAGCAGCAAUGCCAGCUCCUUCGAAGGCAGCGAUCGCGAAGACACGGGCGGCGGCGCUAACAUCGUAACCACCACCGCCACAGGAAACGUCGGGCCGGGCCGCUCUGACUUCAGCCCCUCGCCGGAGCUGCUGAGGGCGUCCAACGAAGUGGAGCAAGAGGGCGGCAACAUCAAGCGUACGAGAUUAGAUGCCUGGGUGACAUAAGCCAGGAGACGCUCCUCACAACAAGAAGGUUUGAAUGACACUUCAACACAACACACAUCACAACACAACAUUCUUACUAGUAACACAACAUCGUACGUUUGAGACACAAUCACACACUUCUUUCUGCUGACUCACUUGUUUGUGGCAUAGAGACAAGCGAGCGAGGAAAAUGCACCACUUCCUGCUUUUCCCCAAACAGGAAGUAUUGAUAACUGCCACAUUAACUAGUAAUCAGUUGGAGUGCCGAUUGCCAAGCGCCCCCCCCACCUCCGUCCUCCCGGGGACCCCAAAUGUCUCGCUCACGGUGCACGGACACUGACCACCUGUCACUCGCGUCCACUUUUUGUCUCUUCAGCUUUUAACGGCCAUGUUGUGUUCCAGGUGUGUCGUUACCAACUAGCUUUGAUGUCCUCUCUAGCGCACCAACAAGCUCUUGUUUCUUUUCUCCUCGCCACGCUUUUCAAAAAGUGAAGUGAAAACGAACGCUUUUCUAUAUUUCUACGUCUUCAAAGCUCUUUGGCUUGACGCGUGUGUCUGUACAUACAGUAUAUUUGCAUAGACUUUGCUAGCUAGCCCUAAAAAAGAAAAAACAAGCAAUGUGUCGACUCAGUGGAUCUGCUUAUCAUAAUUAUUCUAAACGAGCGUGACUUGGAUGUGUGUCACUAGAUGGCCAUGGCGUGUUGGUGAAUCUAUUUAGGCCUGCUUGGUUGUGUCGUGGUCAUUGUUUUGCUACACACUUUGAGAACACGCACACAUCACACAAUCACUUGGCACAUGUUCAUAUCUUACACACAUUUAGCGCUUUUUCUACUUCAAGACAUGAACUGUCUUCUUUGAUGUCAUUUAAUAUGAAUUUGUUCAAUCAUUUCAGCUGUGUGUGUGUGUGUGUGUGUGUGUACACGUUCUAUAGGAAAUAGAUGCCUACUAUCCCCAACCACACGGUCACUAGACUGUUAGUAAGCCCCCACCCCCUUGAUUGUCACACACAGCUAAAUGUGACAAGUAACAUUUUUGAAAAUACAUUUUUAGCAGCUAUCCUCAACAAACGUAAGCGCAGACUGUUAUUGCAUUAUGACACAAUCCACCUUUUAAAACUAUUUUGCUUUUUUCAAGCUAUCGCUCUCUCUGCGCCAUGCCAGAAUCUCCGUGAAAAAAGCGGAAAGGGUGGGACAGAGAAUGCCAAGAUCAUGCCAACAAUACGACGCUAUGGUCACGUAGCCUUUAAGUCAAUGUUGAACAAUCGUCGUUCAAAUUUGACAUAAUUAAUACUUGGACUGAUGCAAAAAGAUCCAUUGCAAAUUUGUAUUUUAGUUUUUUCUCACACAAAAAAUUAAUGUACGGGAUACAGAAAUCUUUGACAUCUUUUUUCCAAUGAAAAAAAGAAGUUAAGUUUGGAGCUACAUACUUAGCUGGUGAAUAUUAUAAUAGUGAAUAUUUCCAUACCAAACAUUUUGUGGCACUUAAAGCAUGAAUCUCAACUUUUUCAUUAAAAAAUACAAAGAAUAAAAAUGUUAAAAAUACAUUUGAUUAAUAAUAAUUUUGUCCAAAAACAAAAGUUUGCGGCUGUAAAUAACAUAUCUUUGUAUGGGAGAGAGUUGAAAGUGGGGUUACCAACUCCCUGACAAAAAAAAACAAAUUUCAGCACAAACUUUUCUGGCUGAUGAACCUUCCUUUCUUUUUUCUGAAAAUAUGCUGAAACUAUUUGACUCUAUCCUGAAUUCAAUUAGAUGCAAGUUUUGGAGUAUUACAUCAGAUGGUCAAAACCAAUUGUUCAAUAAUAUUGUUUUCCAAAUAUCUUAAAUUUUAAACUUUACUGCUAACAGAAUAAAACUAUCCAUUCAAUGUUUAUUUAACAACUUCUAUAACGCCAAGAGAGAAGAGUUGUUAAAUGACAUUAACUACAAUUAGUUACUAGUUUCUGUCAGUUAUCUAUUUGUAGCUUCCCUGUCAGACAAAAACGAGCUCCUAACUAACCUCAUGGCUUUUUUUUUUCCAAAAUAAAAUUUCACUACGGUUAAAAAAAUAACGAACUUACAUUUGGUGUCCGAAGACCAGAAGCGAGGUUAACUCUUGCUCGUGAGCUCGCUGCUGUAAUAUUGAAUAACGAUGCCAUAAAAGUGUAAUGCAUUGAGUUUGAUGGGUGAGCAAUCAGAAACGUUAGCCUCAACGAAACAAUUGAAACUAUUUUUGAUUGUCGCGUGUAGGGAUGCAACAAUUACCUAUUUUUACUAUUAACCGGCAUUAAAAAGAUAAUGGUUAUUUAAAAAAGUGUUUCAGCCCUCACACGCUAUAUAAAAAAAAAAAUGGUAUGGUAUUUUUGGUACAACCUGCACGGAACGAAAAAAAGUUGCCAGUGUGCGCGUGCUUACACACAACUAUGGAGAGACACUUGAGUAUGCUACAUUAGCUUCAAAAUGGCAACAGGACAUAAAAAUGAGCAGGGAGUCAUUGAUGACGAUUGCUCAACCAUUUUCAAAACUUCGGUCUAAUAUGUACAACAUUGUGCAGCUUUACACACUAAAGUAAAGGUAAGAUGUAGUAACUGAGUUCAGUUAUGUUAUUAGCAAUUUAGUUCAUUAAGAAUUAAGUUAACUAUAAAAGGUGUCACAAUCAGGAGAUUAGCAUUUAACUAAUGCUUCUCAUUUAUUUUCUGUUACACCCCCACCCCACUCUGUUGCAACUAUAAAUAGCAUAAUUUGUCUAUAAAAUUAUAAGUACACCUCUGUAUCCUUAAGAUUAAAAAAUAAAAACAAAUUCAUCGACUAACAACAACUGUUUUGUCAGAAAAUAGUUAAAGUGCACCAAUUUGCCUGAAAUUAAAAAUAUAUACAAUUGUGGUCAAAAGUUUACAUACACUUGUUAAGAACAUAAGGUCAUGGCUGUCUUGAGUUUCCAAUAAUUUCUACAACUCUUAUUUUUUGUGAUAGAGGAGCACAUACUUGUUGGUCACAAAAAACAUUCAUGAAGUUUGUUUCUUUUAUGAAUUUCUUAUGAGUCUACUGAAAAUGUGACCAAAUCUGCUAGGUGAAAAGUAUACAUACAGCAACAUACAUUAUCAAUUUUGGUGAUACAAUCUAAUGAAAUUUGCUAUAACUGCAUGUGAGUGAUUAUGAUGGACGACACCUGUUGACUUCUCUGAGCCCAUUUAAAUAGGGCUCAUGUGAUGCAGUCAUUAGACUCUGUUACAAACGCGACAACGGGAAAGUCAAAAGAACUCAGCACAGAUAUGAAAAAACGAAUCAUUGACUUGAACAAGUCAGGAAAGUCACUUGGAGCCAUUUCAAAGCAGAUUAAGGUCCCAAGAUCAACUGUGCCGACAAAUGUUUGUAAGUAUAAAGUGCAUGGCACAGUUUUGUCACUGCCACGAUCAGAAAGAAAACACAAGCUAUCACCUGCUGCUGAGGGAAAAUUGGUCAGGAUGAUCUAGAGUCAACCGCGAACCACUAAAAAGCAGCCUGCAAUGAAUUGGAAGCUGCUGGAACAAAUGUGUCAGUGUCUAGAGUCAAGGAAGCCGUUGCUCCAGAAGCGACACCUUAAGGCUUGUCUAAAGUUUGCUGCUAAUCACAUGGACAAAAAUAAGACCUUUUGGAGGAAAGUUCUGUGGUCAGAUGAAAGAAAAAUUUAGCUGUUUGGCCACAAUACCCAGCAAUUUGUUUGGAGGAGAAAAGGUGAGGCCUUUAAUCCCAGGAACACCAUUAAGCUUGGUGGUAGUAUUAUGCUCUGGGGCUGUUUUUCUGCCAAUGGAACUGGUGCUUUACAGAGAGAAAAUGGGACAAUGAAAAAAGGAGGAUUAUCUCCAAAUUCUUCAGGACAACCUAAAAUCAUCAGCCCGGAGGUUGGGUCUAGGGGGACAGGAAAUUGACCCCAAACAGACGUCAAAAGUGGUAAAGGAAUGGCUAAAUCAGGCUAGAAUGAAGGUUUUAGAAUGGCCUUCCCAAAGUCCUGACUCAAACCCCAUUGAGAACAUGUAGACAAUGCUGAAGAAACAAGUCCAUGUCAAAAAAACAACAAAUUUAGAUGAAAUGCACCAAUUUUGUCAAGAAUUCAACCAUAAUCUUGCCAGAAGCUUGUGGAUUGCUUCCAAAAGCGCCUUAUUGCAGUGAAACUUGCCAAAUGAAAUGUAAGCAAAUAUUACCAUUGCUGUAUGUAUACUUUUGACCCAGCAGAUUUGGUCACAUUUUCAGUUGACCCAUAAUAAGUUCAUAUAAGAACCAAACUUCAUGAAUGUUUUUUGUGACCAAAAAGUAUGUGCUCCAAUCACUCUAUCACAAUAAAACAAGAGUUGUAGAAAUUAUUGGAAACUCAAGACAGCCAUGACAUUAUGUUCUUUACAAAUGUAUGUAAACUUUUGACCAUGACUGAAUAUCCUUAUUUAAACUACACAUUUUUGACUUGAACCAUUUGAUACUGAAAAAUAAAAUGAAAUACAAAUAAAUGCAAACGGAUCAACCACAUGAACUCAGGAGCAAAAUAUUUAAACUACAAAAAAAUUAAACAAUUUGUGGUGAUUUUCUAAGAAUUCAAAACGAGGAAAUCAGAAUUAUUGGCUACAAUGAGCAUAUUUUGCAAUGCACCGCUGUUUGAAGUAUGAUACUGCAUUAUAUUGAAUAAGAAUGUUCACAUUUUUUUCUUAUAUCAUCAGAAUCACAAUCGGCUUUAACACAAGGAAUUUGACUUUUUAGACUCUUUGUUCAAUGCCGUUUCAAUGGUUGCUGCUUGUAAAAGGUAACAAAAACUACACUUUAUUCUCCCCUCACUGAAUGUUGUUUGCCAAAUAUGUAGACAGAGUUAGCAAUACAUUUAUGCAGGAUGAAGGUUGAACUCUUAAUGCUAACUAGCUGAAUGCUAACUACCAUUAGCUAAUAAACAAGCCUAGUCGACUUAGCACGUCGAAACGCAGGCACACAUACUGUGUAAAAACACCACUUCACACCCACAUUCAUAUCUAUGGACAAUUUGCAGUCUCCAAUUAAGCUAACAUGCAUAUUUUUGAUUACAAAAAUAUGCAUGUUAUCUUAAAGGCCUACUGAAAUGAGAUUUACUUAUUCAAACGGGGAUAGCAGGUCCAUUCUAUGUGUCAUACUUGAUCAUUUCACGAUAUUGCCAUAUUUUUGCUGAAAGGAUUUAGUAGAGAACAUCCACGAUAAAGUUCGCAACUUUUGGUCGCUAAUAAAAAAGCCUUGCCAGUACCGGAAGUAACAGACGAUGUACGCGUGACGUCACCGGUGUGAGGGCUCCUCACACCCUCACAUUGUUUAUAAUGGGAGCCACCAGCAGUAAGAGCAAUUCGGACCGAGAAAGCGACGAUUUUCCCAUUAAUUUGAGCAAGGAUGAAAGAUUCCUGGAUGAGGAAAGUUAGAGUGAAGCACUUAUAAAAAAAAAUAAAAAAAGAAAAGGCGACGGUUCCAGGCGGCGGCAGUGGGAGAGUUUCAGAUGUAAUUGGACACAUUUACUAGGAUAAUUCUGGAAAAUCCCUUUUCUGCUUAUUGUGUUAAUAGUAUUUUAGUGAGAUUACAAAGUCAUACCUGAAAGUCGAAUGGCUGCAGUGAACGCCAGUGUCUCUGAGAGAAGCAGAGGAGCCAAGAUCACAAACUCCGCGGGAAAUUUAAAAUUGUAAUUUAGUAAACUAAACCGGCCGUAUUGGCAUGUUUUGCAACGUUAGUAUUUCAUCAUUGAUAUAUAAACUAUCAUACUGCGUGGUCGGUAGUAGUGGGUUUCAGUAGGCCUUUAAUUGGAGACUGCAAAUUGCGGAGAGUUUGAUGUAAUGUCAAAACAAUUAUGAUAGUUUAACUGGCUUGAACAGGGAAUGCAUCUUUUUAGGAGAUAAAAAAAGAGGUGUUUGUUUUUUUAAAUAAAUACCUCUCGCCUUACUUUGGCCGGGUCGUUUAGGUACUGACGCGCUUCCGACUGGCCAUUUUGAUGCAAGUUAUUUUUCUCCAAAUAAAUCAAUAAGGAACGUUUAUGAUAUUCAAGAUUGUUUUUCAAACUCGUUAGCCCAUAGUACCUAAAUACCUAUAUAGAGUAUAUCCAUUCAUACAUAUCAUUUAAAUGUGUUUACCUGCUAAGUGUUUUCAGGGGGGGGAAAAACAACCCGGAUGUUAUUUGAUUCACGUUAUUUUCGACAGGAAUAAAUUAUACAGAAACAUUAUGGAAUGUGAUUUUAUAAUUUUUUUGUUUUGAAAUUAUUGAACAGAAUCGUGAAACAGUGAUAGCACUCAAGACUAAAAUCGUACAGUCAAAAUGUAUAAUUGUUGCAUCCCUUGACGCGUACUUUUGAGGGACGGUUGGCAACCAUCUAUGCUAACCAUUUUAUUGCUUUAAAAUAAAAUGAUGCAUCUCCAAAUUUUUCAAACUUUUAACAAGUGUCAAUACAUGCUUUUCUUGUUGGAGACAAACAAUAUUUUGUUGCUGUCCAAAUUCUUGUGGGUUUAUUCUUUAUAAAAACCAUGCAAAAUGGAGUUCCGUGCUCCUUAUUUGACAGUUGAUAUCAGUGCCAAGCGAGAGCACUCUGAUUGGCUCCCUCCUGCCUUGUGUGGUCACAUGACAAUCUAAAUAUUUGGACCCGUGUUACUUGUGUGUUUUGUUUGACAUUUCUUUGUGCAGCAGUUCUUUUGUGAGAAGGUUGUGUAGUUUAGAGCACAUUUUUUACUUCAACUCAUCUUAUCACCGACAUCAAACAAACUGGUUUCCUUUUGCACGUGGAGACAAGGCGAUAUUAGCAAAUGCAAUAAAAGGAAGUACCAGUGAUAAUGCUGCAGUUUUCAUCCAGAUAUAGAAUAUAUUUAUAAGACGUAGUAAUUGGUGGAUUUGCUAAAAAAUAAAAAGGUUCAAUGCAUGGGAAAGAAGCAGGUAAGAAUUUUGGGUGACAUUGGCUUUGAAAACAGAAUGAUGUAGCAAAUAAAUACUAAAGAUGAAAUUUAUAGUUAAUAUAUUGUGUUGAGCUAGUCUGCUAUGGGUUUUGUUGUAAAGAUGUUUUCUUUUCUUGAAUGAUAAACAGUUUGUGUAUAUUUUCAUAUACAAAAGUAUGCACUGAUGUUAUUGAAAUUCUAUACCGCUUUUACAGGAAAAAAGUGUUUGUUGUACCAAAGUAUCCAAGUCCCUUGAAACCUUAUCCUUUUUGCGUAUGUUUUACUGUAUUUUAUAUAUUAAAUGACAAACUGAGUGAAGUUCA